AUGGCAAGGUACCUUGAGUCUGAUGAGUCUCAUCAGGCAGGUACGCAGCAUCAGGUACCUGAAGGUACGGUCGUCAAGAAGCGCCCGUCAAGCACAGCGAGAAUACACAAGUCUGUCAACAUCAAUUUGAACGGUAUUAUUGCCAACGUAUUUAUUCGUACAAUGACAUACUCAACGGACGUUUUCCAUUUCGAACCCCUCCCGGGCAACGAGCACACGCACACCAUCAUCCUUCUCCAUGGCAGAGGCAGUAACGGCGAGGAGUUUGCAGACGAGUUCUUUGAAUGCGAAGUCUCGGAAGACCUGGCACGAAUUCUGGCUCUCUUGGCCCUCCAAGACGAUGGUCCUGAACAACCAGAAGACCCCCUGGACGACACACCAGCGCCACCACCCCCUCGAACCCUCCAAGCCCUGUUCCCAACCAUCAAAUGGAUCUUCCCCAGCGCGCCGUCGAUUCCAUCAAAACGUUCCAAAACGGACAGGACCCAAUGGUUCGAUAUGUGGUCUACAGAGAACCCAAACGAGCAAGAAGAAUUGCAAGAACCAGGCCUAUUGGAGAGUAUCGACUUCAUCACCCACCUCAUCGACCAGGAAUCCGACCUGGUGUCACCCGACAAGAUCUUCCUGGGCGGCAUCAGCCAGGGAUUCGCAACAGCUGUCGCGGCUUACUUGAGAGGCUGUCAAGCCUUGGGUGGCCUUAUCGGCUACGCUGGCUGGGCCUACCCAGGCCUUUCACCCUACGAAGUCCCAGCAGGUCUUUUUGCCAGCGAUUAUACUGGGUGGAAGAUAAAGUGUGGUGAUGUGAACUACCAGAUGGCACACACGCCAAUUUUCCUUUCCCACGCUCGCGACGGUUCCGGCUUGAAAGAAGUCGAAUGGCACGAGUACGAGUAUGGCGGCCACUGGAUCACCGAGCCUGACAGCAUAGACCAGCUCGUUUACUUUCUCAAGCGCAACGUGGGCCCCCUGGAAGAUGACUCAAGUUGA